AUGCACAUCCUCCGCCCCCUCACCCUCCUGGCCACCCUCCCCCUCCCAACAACCCACGCCCUCAAAAUCGCCUGCAUCCAACAAUGGAUCGAACACACCCCCCUCCCGCACGCCGCCGCCAAUUUCUACCACCCCCCCCUCCACCUCCCCGGACCCCCCAACCUCGACGACGACGACGGCAGCAUCGACCUGGCCGCCAACGCCGAGACCCAAGGCCUCAAGAACUUCGUGGACCACCGCAACUACCGGCUCAUCGGCAUCCUCGUCGAGGUCACCUACCGCAUGGUCGCCCGGCGCUCCGCGGGGAUCGCCACGCUGGCCGACCUGCGCGGCAAGCGCGUCGGCACGAUUCGGGGCACGUCGGCCGAGGUGUUUGCGGUGCAAUUGCUGGGAACGGCGGGGCUGCAGGCGGGGAGGGAUUAUGAGCUGGUCGGGGGCGGGAUUUAUACGUGCAUGCGCGCGCCGUGCGGGGAGGGGAGUUUUCCGGCCGAGUUGGUGGCGGGCGGGAUUGAUGCGUUUGGGGUGUGGGAGACGGCGGUGGAGUUGGGGGUGCAGGCUUUGGGGGAGGAGGAGGCGGUGACGUUUAAGAAUGCGAGUGUGUAUCGGGAGGUGUAUAGUUUGUAUUCGACGGAGGAGAAGUUGAAGGAUCCGGUUACGAGGGGGAGGAUUGUGAGUUUUGUGAGGGCGUUGAACAAGUCGUAUGAUGUUUUUCGGGAGCAGGGGCAGGAGGUGGUUGACUUUGUUGGAAAGACGGUUGAUGUGGAGGAGCCGGUGUUGAGGAAUGUGUGGGAGGAUCAUGUCUGGGGCCCGGGGAGCUUGGGAAAGGAUCUGGUGGAUUACUUGGAGAGGGAGGACCAGUAUCUUGCCGAGGUGGACGGGCGGAAGCCGUUGACGAGGGCCGAGCUGGAGCAGUUUGUUGAUCCGAGUGUGUAUGAGGAGGCUAUGCAGGAGUAG